UUCUACAUACUCGCACUUCAUGAUUAACGUAACGUCAGGCUUACGAUCGAUCCCGGCCGCUUACGACUGCAUUUGACACAAUUUGACAUGAGGUUAAGUAAUUUGACAUGAGGUUAAAUAAUUUGAGAUUUGCGACUUGAAUUCACUGGGCAAGAAGAUACUGACGAAAUCUCAGAUCUGGCUGCAGUGCAACAAGUGUAAAUACACCACGCAUCAUGAUUCCUUUAUGAUGCAUCGCAUGAAAGAUCAUAACGAGGAAAGGGCAGCUGACGAAUACAUCUUCGAGAGCUAGCAGGAAAGUGAAAGACAUAGUUACAACAAAGUGAAUGACUUGGAGAACAAGAAGAAUGAAACAGAUUGAAUAAUUCUGACAUUGUUAUCAAGGAUGAUAAAGCGAUGGAGGUAACACUUUUGAAGCCGAUUCAGUCAGUUUUCCCUAUUACUCAAUCCACCCCACUACCACUGUUGGAUUUAUCAAAUUGUAAUCAUUUAUAUGCUUCCGCUACAUUACCAGCGAGUGUUUCCACGUUGUCCCAAGAACAAAUGUAUGUUCUGCAGCCGAUUGACACGGCUGAUAUUGAAAACUUGAGGAAGAUGAUAAGAUUGGACUUGUAUACUGAGCAGAAAAUGGAAAUGAAGAGCGAAAGUAGAAAAUGGAUAACCUUGAAAAAGGAUGGAAGUCUAGAACUGGUAGAGAUGCCUUGGAACGAGACAGAAGGAUCGAAUAUUGACGAUGGUGUUUGAUUAACUGUGCAAAAAUCAAAGACACUUUAGUAUUACAUUUGGUUGCUUUAACUGUUGAAAAACUCAAUGUAAUAUACAGAAAUUUAUUAUAAUUCUAAUGUUAUAAAUGAAGUAACUUUAUUCGCCAUACUUGAAUUUCUGCAUGACACUCGCAAUGAUGUUUAUUUUGCUGAUCAAAGCUGUGUCAUGUUGACAAUACAUCGAUGUCAAUUGACUCACGGUUGGAAAAAUCGCAGUUUCGCUCUUUCAAUUUUAUUUAUAUUGCUAAUUGUUAUUCCUCUUAAUCGUAUGUUACUUCGUAAACAACCGUCGUUGUUUGAAUAAUGCAUACUUUCAUUAAUUGUAAUUUAAAGAAAAGAAUUAUAAUAAAAAAAUUUAUCCCACGGAAAAAACAA